UUCCGGGAGCGCGUGAACGCAGCAGGAGGAGAAACACCUGGUCCCACCUGGACAUGGGCGCGCGAGAGGGUCCAGUGACCCUGAAGGUCAUCCUCAUAGGAAACUCCGGGGUGGGGAAAUCCUCCUUCAUGAACAGAUAUGUGUAUCACCGCUUCACCAACAUGUACCGGGCCACGAUCGGAAGCGACCUGCUCUCCAAAACCGUGCACGUGGACGGAGAGACGGUCAACCUGCAGAUCUGGGACACGGCGGGCACGGAGAGGUUCCAGUCUCUGGGCACGCCGCUGUACAGAGGAGCCCACUGCUGCAUGCUGGUGUUUGACGUCAGCUUCUCUGCCCUGGACGCCUGGAGGAAAGAGUUCCUGAUCCAGGGCGAGCCGCAGGAUCCCGACCACUUCCCCUUCAUCGUCCUGGGAAACAAAACCGAUCUGAGCGAUCGGGAGGUGUCUCGGGGUAAAGCCCUGCAGUGGUGCAACGAAAUAAACGCCGAGUACUUCGAAGGCAGCGCCAAGGAGGACCUGGCGGUGGACAAGCCGUUCGCCCGAGCGGCCGAGCGCGGCUUCCAGCAGUACAAAAAACACACAUUGGAAAAUACAGGACAUUUCCAGAUAACCUGCAAACAGCCGAGAGAAACUCGCAACACCUGUGAGUGCUGAGCGGAGCACUCGUCCCAGCGUGGGAGAGGGGAAAGUCCAGAGAGACCUCGGCACUGCUGAUGAUGACCUAUCUAACGAGGGUGCAAAAAGAGUGACCCAGCAAAGGUACUGUGGAAGGAAAGGACACAAUUGUAUACCACAUGGAGAGAGGAACAAACUCAUUAAAUGUUUUUUCUUCUUUUUUUUUUUUCUUUUGUUUUUGAGAACCUUCAGCUUAUGGGCUAACUUAAGGCAUCACUACUAAAAUACACUGCUGUUUUUUUUUUUUUCUUUUUUUCUUCUUUUGCAUGCAUGUCUAGUUUUGUUCAACAGACACACCGACACGCACAAAAAUUAUGAAUGCAAUAUGAA